UGAAAGGUUCACGGAGGGAGGGGCGCUCGUAGAAAACCCGACACGCUAGCUUCAGCAGAGUAGCAGCUAGGCAAUUACAGAGGCGACGUAUCGGGAGAGGGUGGCUCACCGAAACUAAUCAAAAGGGCCGUCCAGCACCUGAACCGCCUAUCGAUUUUUAUAAGUGAAGGCGAUCAAUCAGUUUAAGCUUCGGUGAAACGCGGAAGUGUAAUUCAACGUCAACGGUGUUUUUUUGACUUAUUAUCGGUGACAACAUGGCUGAAUGUGACGUUAGCAUCGACAAGAAUAAACUACCUGGAGUGAAAGAGGUGUGCAAAGACUUUGCUGUGCUGGAGGAUCACUGCCUGGCCUACAACCUCCAGGAACAAGAAAUCGAAAGCCACUUGGCGUCCAACGUCAACAAGAGCCGUCUGGUGCAGAAGGACCUGCAGGUGGCCAAGAAGCUGCAGGAGGAAGAGGAUGAGAGGGCCAAGGGCCAGAACCAGAAGCAGCACACUGACAUCGAGCGUCAAGACAAUGAGAUCGCCCAAGAGAUUCAGGAUCAACUGGUCCGACAGGCGGAGCAACAACUGCAGCAGGAAGAGAAGGACGCGGCCAUCGCUCGUAAGCUGCAGGAGAAGGAGAUGAAAGAGGAAAAGAAGAGACAGAAGCAGCUGGAAGCUAACUUUGAGGAGGAGUACUUUGAGGAUCACGGAGCCGCAAGAAGAACCCUCGACUUGGACAAACACACCCGUCACCCAUCCACCUCCCCAAAUCGAUAUGAUGCACAUGCUCAACUGAGGGAGGACAGUCAUCGUGAUUACUCCCCAGAUUAUAGCUCAAUAGAGCCCAAAAGGAGUCGGUACCCAAAGCAGGACCCAGCUGCACCUAACAGCCGCUCCAGAAAUCCUGACCGCCACCUAGUGGCAGAAGGAGGGCGAAGCAGGCAUGCAGAUCCGUACCCAGAACACCUGUUGCCCUCUAGAGGCAAGCAUGGGGACAGAUACCCAGAGUAUGAGCCCACAGAGACUGGCAAAGUCAGGGGCCCUGGGAGGGAGGACACAGACAGAGCGGUGAGGAGGAAGGACAGACCAGCCAGACCACCUCCACCGCAGAGCCCCAAAGAGAAGGCCUGGGAUAGAAAACAUGACCGAGAAAGGGGCAGAGACCUGGAAUGGGAGAGGCAUAUGGAAAAAGAGCAGAGGAGAGACAGGGAGCAGGACCUCAGGGGAGCAAGAGGAAGAGACAGGGAAAGAUCCAGAGACAGAGUACUGAGUGGAGACGGACGGAGAGAGAGAGACAGGCAGAAACAGAAAGACAAAGACGGACAACGAGCGAGAACCAGGAGCAGGGAGAGAGGACUUGAAGAGGAGCCGGUGCACAGCAGGCACUGUCCGAGGGAUGGCAGGGCUUCUUGGGAGGAGGGAGGGGCUGAUGGUGAGGGGGAAGGGAGGUCCCGGGGCCGGCAACGUAUCCAGUCCGGCCCCGAAGAGGUGUUUGACGAGCUGGACGAGCAGGGUGGGGGUCAUUCUCACCCCAACGGAGAGACAGGUCGUAUCGUGCACCGGGUGAGUGGAGCAGUGAUAGCGGAAACUGCGUACGGAGUGAGCGAGGCCACCAAGGGUUUGACGAAGCUUGAUAUCCGUGAGCAGGAGCACAAGGACAUGGAGGUGGCCAGGCAAAUGCAAGAGGAGGAAAUCAAGGCCAGCAAGAUGCACGUGCGUACAGCCCAAGUGGCACAGGAUGAGGAAAUCGCACGACUGAUGAUGGAACAAGAGAAGAAGGGGUACAGAAAGAAUAGAGAACAGGAGAACGAGAGAGAGAGAGAGAGAGAGCGGGAGAAGGAGAAGGAGAGGGAGAGGCAGGAGAGGGAGAGGGAGAGGGAAAGGCAGGCCAUGGAGAGGAAGGCAAUGGAGAGGAAGGCAAUGGAGAAGAAGGCAAUGGAAAGGAGGCGGCCAGAAGGAGACUACAGGUCGAACGCUGAGGAAGUCGUCCGGCCCAGAACACGAGAUGAGUAUGAACACCAGAGGCAGAGGAACCACAACAAGGCUGCCGGGCCUCCUCAGCCUCGUGCACACGACUAUGAGAAUGUGAACUCUGGCUACGGCUACUCGGACCACCAUGCUUCCCCUCGCGCUCCCACCAGACCUGAGGCUGCUUACAAAGGGGCCUAUCAAAGGCGGUGACUCAGGUUCUCUACCGACAUGCUGUCAGUCCACCUUCGUCCAUUUUUCUUCUUUUUUUUCAGAUAUUUAUCUCUUUGUUUUCAACCAUUCACACUCUUUUGAUCAAACGCCAUGGGACAAUCUAUUGAGUUGGCAAUGGGAUUUCUUCUUUAAUACCCUCCGAAGUUGGCCCAGAGUUAAGGUCUGUGGCUGCUGGAACCACACAUCUUUUUUUUAUUUGCGAUUUCAUAUUAUUUCUUUUAACUGACUCAACAUCAAGACAAGCCAAACAAAAAUGUCUUGUGACAUUAACUCCCCCUGAUUCUGAGCUGUUGACGUAAAGGAACCUGACCUUUUUUUUUUUAUGGCCAUCGUGUGCUGAUGUUCAUCCCAUCUGUGGACCAUGCCAUCCCAAGGGCUCAAGGCCUCUGCUGGAUACAACCAUGCAAUCUCAAAAUUCCUCAUGACUCUUCAUGGGACGUGCCUGUCUGGUCCAACACGGCUGCUACAGUGUCUUAGAUGCCAUCAUGGCAGCUGCUUUGUACCCCUGUGCUGCAGUUCUGUUCUUGUCAUGCGGUUCAACGAGGCUACACAGGCCCUACUCACGUGCCAAACAGCCUCCAACUCCUGAGGAAUACGCUUCUGUUAUUGUAUUCAAACAACAAAAUAAGCCUUUAUCAAGAUGCUGGUAGUUUUGGCUUUGACGUGUUUUACCACCACGUACCAGUGCGGAGGAGGUGGAGCUUUGUGAUCAUCAAUGGACAUCUAAUUGGCUGUUGGCUGUCUUCUGCUUGUGAGGGGAACCGUGUAACCCCAUCACCCUUUGAACUGUGGAUGGAUGAUGUUCUGUCUAUGACUCACUGUUUAUGUGCAUGCUUACUGAAGGUGUACAACUGUGUACAUGCAUUUCAGCUCUAUCAAUUUAUCUGGCUCCCUGUUUGUCUGAAAGGGCUCAAGCCACAAAAAGCCAAUACAUUUUUUCUUUUUGUAAAUGAACAAACUAUGUUGGCUCAUGUACUGCUGUACAAUAUAUCUCUUUUCUGCCACUAUUUCAUAUCGACUCACCAUAACUGGCCCAUAAAAGAACCAGUACCAAAAUGAAAUGCAUGUACAUUGCUUGUCUGUGUCGAACCUGAAUUCCUGCUUGUGCUUACGGCACAGACGUGCAAUUGAAUAUUUGCUCUUGUUUUAUUUAAUUGUAAAUAUAUUUCUAUUUUAUUUAGGUUUUUUUUUUUUACUUGUGCUUCUAUGUUAUGAUCCCCGGUAUCUUGUUUCCCCUCAACUCAGCUUUGUUUUGAAAAGGGAUCUUUAUAUUUUAUUUUUUAUACAAUAUUUAGUUGGUCUUUCCUCAGAUUGUUCCCUUAAUUUCCAUUCCCUCUUGCUCACUUUUAGUCUUCUCUUUGUUUCAAGCUCAAAGGCAGACAUGACUUCCUGCCUGCAGUAAAAGACAAACAUUCCCACAAUAGAAGUACAUCUGGAUGGAGGGAAAUCAGCAGAUCUGCUUAAAUAUAUAUUACUGCGCAAAGGGACCUAUUUUUGUGUUUUACUACUCCGGGAUGCAUUAUUUUCUGUUCAUAUUGAAUAAUAAGGAUAAGGUAAAUGAAGAGCACAGUGCAGCCUUUGAGUUAACGGAGGUGUUUGUGACGGCCACAUUUAGUGCUGCUUUCAGGUUCUCACGUUAUAAUAAAUGUUUCUGAAAUUGUAACCGUUUCCAAAAUGAUUCCCUCCCUGUUCGGAGACUUGAGAGACGUUUGCAUUGCCGAGGACAUGCGUGCAGGUGUUUUUGAUUUCUAAUAUGUGCUAAUUGCUGUGGACGGAAUGACAUUUUUUGCCGUCGGUUUAUUUUUUUUCAGGGAUUUGAAAAUGGGAAAAGGUUAUUGUGGACGUAGCAGAGCUACCACACCCACCAAAGUGGGGACUCCUUAUUUAUUCUUUGGUGAGGGCACCACCAAGUGGACAUGUUGACAACUGAAAAGAAAUGUACAAAAAUAGAUCUGAUCAGGAUGUGUCUUUAUUUGUGGAUGUUGUGCAUCAGACAUUACUUUGGAAUAGAGUGCCGUCUACAUCGCAUUGACGUUUUAAAUGUUCUUUAAUCCAGGGCUUGUAUGCAAUCUGCCAAUUAUGAAUCAACACAUUGUGUUAACUUGCUGUAUCAGAACUUUUUAAGUAAAAUGAAUUAACAAGUUGCUCUUACUCAUAGCAUCUCAAUGUAACUGUAUCGGCAUUUCCA